AUGCCAGUGCAUCAGGUGCUCUCCGUGACUCUCGCUUUGUUCUGGACUGUCAUAGCAGAACCAGAUGCGCAAGCACUACUAGGAGAUGACCAAUGUGAAGGCGCUGGCCAAUGUGCUUUAAGUGCUCUUCAGAGACGGGGUGUCAAGAAAGCUGAGGACGAGAUCAGAGUAGCAGAAGAAGAGUUGGCCGCCUUCAUAGAAGACUCCAUCAAGGCCCAAAGCCUUCCAGCCUUAGAACAGCUCAACGAGGAGGUGCUAGUCAACUACACGCACCUGCAAUCGAUGGGCUGCUUUGCGAAGCCUCAGGAGUAUCGUCUUUCCUGGCGUGCUGCCGGCCGCGACUUUUUUGAUCAGUUUACUUUUGUCGAACAGGAUGACACUCAUGGAGCUCAGCGGUACUUGACCAAGGAGCAAGCUUUCAAAAAUCAUGUCAUCUCCAUCAGCAACGGCGGCUCAGCCAUUCUGCGGAUUGGGGAUUUGAUCCCCACCGGAGAUCCCGGAGCACCCUACAAGAGGAACAGUGUCAUGAUCCAUUCCAACUAUGCCUGGGCUCCUGCAACAGGCAUGCUGGUGGUCAUGAAGUACAAUCAUGUCCCAUAUGGUGCUUCAAUCUGGCCAGCGUUCUGGUUGAUGAACAGCGACAAUGUUUGGCCUAAGGGCGGGGAGUUUGACAUUAUGGAGUACGCCAAUGACGAGGCAAGCAAAAUCACUUUCCAUGCUGAUAGAAACUGCAUGUUGGACAACCGCAAGUUGGGCUACUGCAUGCGCGGCAAGCACAUGGGUGGUCCUGGACCCUCCAACUGCAACACGAACUACUGGAAGAAUCUCUUUGGCUGCCGACCUAGACAAGUCCAAAAGAAUGGCCAAUGGUACGCCAAGAAUCCAGGUGUGAUGGCUGCUGCUUGGGAUGAUGAGGGCAUUACGGUCUAUCAUAUUCCUGAGAACCGCAUUCCGGCGGACUUGAAGGACGACAAGCCUCGGCCAGAAGGGUGGGGUGAAUUUGUAGUGGCAUACCUGCCGAUGGAGCAUCACAGUUGCAAGAACAUCGCCCAGCCACAGGAGAUCGUGCUGAACAUCGCCCUUUGUGGCGAUUGGGCAGGCAAUGGCUGGUUCAGGUCAGGCGAGGCUCGACGUACCGGCUUCACACGUGGCUGUGGCCCGUUGAUUUUUGAGCCAACAAGAGAUUGCUGCUCGCAGUUUGCUACAAGCAGAGAUCAUCGCAUUGAGGAUAUGUUCAGGAGACAAGCCUACUUUGACAUUGACUACCUGAAGGCAUUUUCAACAGACUAUAUAUAUAUAUAUACAUACACAUACAUAUAUAUAUAUUAUAUAUAUGCAUCUAUAUACCUUAUUAUAGUUUAUUACAUACCUGAUAUACAUGCUUUUGCUUUGCGAACAUUACCAUCAUUUUGGUCGCACAGUGUGCAGAGAUGCUGGAAUGGCAGGUUUUUGCACCUGUGCAUGCCCAAACCCCUCAGACUUCUGGUGUCAAAAGGCCAGGGCAUCAGAGGAGGAGAAUCAACUCACUUUGUUUUCUCGACAUCGAUCCUGUUGAACUCUCAAAUAAGCCGUGGGUUGGCAAGCUUACUUAGCAGAUAA